AUGCCACUAUCAUACAUUGCUGGGGCCAUUGAGGGCAACCCUGACGUGUACGUUCAGGCUCAAGGUCCCGAUAAACCCCGGAUAAUGAAGUCAAAUGAAGGACUGAAAUUUGCGGACAUAAAGGCUCAGAAAUUGGGACCAAAGGAAGGCCUAGGUCUGAUAAACGGAACGUCAACGUCUGCUGCAGUGGCUAGCUUGGUACUCUACGAGACGAAUCAACUGUCCGUGCUAGUGCAAGCACUUUCGACUAUGGGUCUCGAGGCUCUCAUGGGGACUGCCGAGAGCUUUCAUCCUUUCAUUUCCGCUGUUCGGCCUCAUGAUGGACAGAUCGAGUGUGCCAAUAACCUGCUUUACCUACUUCGAGGGUCAAAACUUGCACAAGGCGUUGAUGUCCAAAAAGCUCAGGAUCGCCCGAGUUUGAUUCAAGACCGGUAUGCACUACGUUGUGUACCACAGUGGAUAGGACCACAACUAGAAGAUAUUAAACUCGCCCAUCGGCAAGUUACGACUGAGCUCAAUUCAACUUGUGACAAUCCGCUUGUGGAUGUGAGGUCUGGUUCUGUCUUUUCAGGAGGAAAUUUCCAGGCGGUAUCCAUAACUUCUGCUAUGGAGAAAACCAGAAUGUGUCUGCAGAUGCUUGGCAGGCUUAUAUUCUCGCAAGCCACGGAGAUGAUUGAUCCGGACUUGAACAAUGGCCUUCCUACCAAUCUUGUUGCUGAUGAUCCAAGCCUGUCAUUUACCAUGAAAGGUGUGGAUAUCAGCAUGGCAUCAUAUAUGGCAGAGUUGGGAUAUUUGUCGAACCCCGUGAGUUCGCAUAUUCAACCAGCGGAGAUGCGCAAUCAAGCCAUCAACUCCAUGGCUUUGGUAUCGGCUCGGUAUAGUAUGCAAGCUGUGGAGGUAUUAUCUCUCAUGUGUGCAUGCGAUAUGUACAUCGCCUGUCAAGCUUUGGAUUUGCGUGCCCUCCAUCUCGUUUUCUUGGAGAAGGCUAAGGUCCAGAUGAGCGCCGUCACAUCGAACAUAUUUUCUGUAUAUCUUUCUGAAUCAGGAUUGAAGGGCUUGAAUCAAUCUCUUGACGAACAUUUGGUAAGAUCUUGGCCGGUGACCAACCGUCUCAACGCACCGGACCGUGUCCAUACGGUGGUCGAAAACGCACUCUCGGUCCUUUUAGAAGCCCUCAACAACCACCAAUGCCUCCAAGAACCAGGACUGGGAGAUUUAAAUAGGUGGAAGUCUCAGAUGCACGACUCACUGAACCAGGUAUUCCGAGAGACCGCGGAUGCAUUUUUCCUGAAACAGCACACCGCAGACCUACUCGGUGAGGGAUCCAAGAUUUUAUAUCAAACGGUACGACAAGAACUGGGGGUCCCAUUCCACCAGGGUUUUGUUGAGCACCCAACUGUGGGCAACGAGACCUUGAACGGCCGCUCUAAGAAGACUAUCGGGUCGUGGAUAUCUAUUAUCUACGAGGCGAUUCGUGAUGGCCGACUUAUGAAGACGUUAAUGCAGUCUCUUGCUUCUACAGCUAACAAAACGAGUUACUUCGAGACCCAGAGUCAGAAUAACCGUGAUUCUUUGGAUGGCCAGACGACCAAAGCUGUGAAAACGGACAGGUUUGCAGAGGAGGUGGAAGUUGAAGACAAUCUUGAUCUUCCAACCGCCUCUAAGAAACCAAGAAACAAUGAGACUCCUGGCCUGUCUCAGAUACAGUUCCAGCUAGAGAGUACAUCCAUCACCAGCAGUAACCCGUCUUCUACUGGGAUUGUAUCGGGGAUGAAGCGUCUUGGAAUCGACAAUCCUGAUGGCACCAAAGAUGGUGUAAAAAGACCGAGACUUUCUCCUAGGACUCCCCAGCCUCAAACAGAACAUAGCCCUCAGGAUAAAGAAAAAGAGGCCGAUAUUACCAGUACGAGCGAAGAAGCCCCUACUGCAGCUCAUACUCUGACUCAGCCCUCCUUACCCUCCCUACCCGAACCAGAAGUGCAUCAAGGCCCUGAAGACUCGACCGACAACGACAUCCCAGAACUAGUCCGCUCUCGACCUUACUCCGGCCCCAGGAAGCCCAGGACCCAGCUAGCCCAGCAUCUUCCUCCGCUCUGGAAUCUCAGUGACAUAUUCAAGUCACUUACGAACAGAGCGAUCGAACUUAACCUCGAUGAUGUUCUGUCCCACCUUGGUGAUAGACGACUCCGUGUUGUCACUGUUUGUUCCGGGACAGAGAGUCCGCUGUUGGCAUUGGAAAUGGUCAGAGAAAAUCUGCAAAAAUAUUUCAACCGAACCCUCAACUUCCAGCACCUUUUCAGUGCUGAAAUUGUUCCUUUCAAGCAAGCAUACAUCGAGCGCAACUUCCACCCUCGCCUUCUCUUCCGCGAUGUAACUGAGCUUAAAGACAGAGUUGCCCAAACGGCCUACGGCUCAUUGGAGAAGAUCCCUAAGAACGUCGACAUCCUGAUCGCUGGAUUCUCAUGUGUCGACUUUUCGGGACUAAACAAUCACCGAAAGACACUCGACGAGGAAGGCGAAUCGGGUGGUACAUUCUGGGGCAUAGUCCGCUACGCCAGGGCAUACCGUCCACGUCUCGUUAUCCUGGAAAACGUCAAGACGGCGCCCUGGAAGAAAAUCGCACAGCACUGGAACGAUAUUGGUUACUUUGCCAUCCAUGCUGAUGUUGAUACAAAGGCGUAUUAUCUUCCACAGACCCGCGAGCGGGGGUAUAUGUUCUGUGUUGAUAAGAAAUCUAUUGCCGAGAACGGUCUCGCGGAAGAGGACAUGCAGCAGUGGACAGAGAUCCUAAAACGGUUUAAGCGUCCUGCCAGCUCGCCGGCGGGUAUGUUUCUGAUUGACGCUGAUGAUAGACGUCUUGAGCAGAUAGAGAAAGACAUGGCUGCAAAAAUCGCGUCUUCAGCGUCGGCCGCCAAGGCGACGGUCAACUGGGAUCGUUACCAGGUGCGGCAUCAGAGCUAUCGACUGAACCAGGGCCUCGGUUAUCGUCGACCUGUCAGCAAGUCUCAGGAUGAUGGGACGUGUCGGAUGCCGGACUUUGCGUGGCAGACCUGGGUCAAGUCGUUGCCGGAGCGGGUGUGGGAUACCAUCGAUGUGAACUUUUUGAGGAAGCUAGUUGAGGGUUAUGACAUGAACUACAAAGAGAGGUGCUUAGAGCUGUCUCAAGGCAUAGAUCGAGAGAUGGAUUCCCGAGCAUUCGGUAUUGUCGGUUGCAUCACGCCUACCGGGCUUCCGUUCAUGACAACUAGAGGUGGCCCUCUCUGUGGUCUGGAAUCGCUUGCAUUGCAAGGAUUGCCUUUGGAUCGACUUCUUUUGACCCAGGAAUCGCAACGCGAGCUGCAAGACCUCGCCGGCAAUGCCAUGAGCUCUACCGUCGUUGGAGCAGCAAUUCUCUCGGCCCUAAUUGUUGGUCAUAGGGCGCUCAAAAAGGGCAAUUCUCUUCAGGAAUCUGAUUUUCGAGCCCCAAAGCGCAAGGCUAUCAUUCCUCAGGGCGAGAACAAUUUGGUGGAGAGUAGCAUGCAUUUAGAUGCAGCCACCGUUGUGAAUAUGUCAAAACUCCAAGACCAAGCUACCAGCAGUGCCAGAUAUUGCAUUUGUGAAAGACAAACUUCUACAAGGGCAGUCAUUUUAAGGUGCACACACUGCUCCCACACGGCCUGCUCAGAGUGUAGUGGGAAUCCCCAACAUGCCUACGAACGUUGGACCGACUUGGUGCGAACUUCGCCGUUGGAUUUCAUCAGCUCACUUCGCGCAUUUCUUCCAGCUCGAUUGGUGGUCAAUGGUAUAACUCAUGGCAGCUACGCAAAGUUGCGAUUUGGUUCUUCCAUUGCUCCCACUAUCUUGGCCGAGUUUUUGGAUGCCGUCUUUCGGGCUGUUGGCGACGAGCUCCGCCUUUUGGAUAUCAAGCGAAGUGAGUCUUGGACUGUGCUCUAUGAGGGCAAAUCUUCUGUCUUGAAGCUCGUCGUUCAAGUGAAGAGCAUAACUUGGUUGCUUUUUGCAAAACCGCGUGAGUCAGAUCCCGCCUUGUGCUUGAUACGCGAAGUACUAUCCAAGCCGAUUGCGCGCAUGGUAGUGCCUCAAUCUGGAUCGAUCUUGGAAGGUAAUUGGGAAAUAUGUGCACCCCUCAGCUCAAGCUGCUCCUUGGGGCUCUCUGGAAGCGGGGGCCGAGUUCAAUCAUAUGAAUCCAAAUGCGGCUUGGAAUUGGAAAGAUUUAGAGAUUCAUUGACUUGGACACAUAUUACCGUGGAAGGUGCUGAUGAGGAGGUGAACGAUUUGGAAAUUGAUGUUAGAGGUACAUACGAGCUUCUUCAAGACUGUGGGACGGCAAAUGCCUGUCUGCAUAAAAAGGCAGCUUCAGUCGGGGAGCCUGUCGUCUACCUCUUUUUGGACCCGGCGAAGCUGGGAGAGCCUAAAAGUGAUUCGUUUGUUUUUGCUUUCGAUCAUACGCGCAACCCAGGAUAUGAGUGCCGCCUGUCUAUUGCUGAGGUGUCUCAUAAAUGGCGUUCUUCAAAUGCUACUGAGAAAACUGAUACCACUGCCGUUUACUACAAGAAGUGGAUUGCCUGUCCAACCGUUUCCCUGGCCUCCUAUGCCGGAGACUCCGAAAGUCCCAUCAGAUGCUAUAACUUGCAACCCGCUUCGUCAAUUCCCCUCAUCGACGAUGGAUGUAAUAACGCGAAUUUGACCCUAUUGGCGUUUACCGCACCAACAGCAGCCAUCGACGCACCACGGCUUACCGCAGAAUGGGGGGUUACUGACCCGGUUGACUCUCCACAAGUCCUGCGAAAGUAUGUAUGGUUGCUCCAAAAGGCUGCCGCGUAUUCCGGUUUCCGGGAAUGGAAUGAGGUUACGGAAGCAAAAGUCCAAGGGCCAUGCAUGGUUUGUGUCCCACCAAAGCCAGGAAUCAAAUGGGGACGAGAUGCACGGGGUCGCGUCAAGGCGUAUGAAGACCCAUAUAGUGCUGCUAGGUACGAACGCGACAUCAAAUCUCGUCCGCCCCCCUUCUUGAUAUUCCAGAGGACCAAUAAACAAGGCCUGGCUGAGCUUCACGUUACGCUUAACAUCCAGACCCUCUUGCACCAGGCGCAUGGGAGGUUGUCCAGUCCAAAUGCUGCAUCAUUCCAUUGGCGCUUGAUACCAAACUCGUACAACACGAAAGAAUUGUCAUUUCCCGCGUUCAAUUUAAGGAGCAACAGGAGCGACCCUCUAAGCACACAGCCACCCGGGUUUAUCGUGGAGUUACGCCCCGAGCAACGACGUUCUCUGUCAUGGAUGAUAGAACAGGAAGAUGAGAACAUCGAGCCCUUCAUUGAAGAAGAAACCGAAGAGGCGAUCCUGGAAUCGUUGAUGUGGCGUGCAGAGGGCAAAGUUACGGUGCCAAAGACUGUCCGAGGGGGUAUUUUGGCUGAUGAUGUGGGAUAUGGCAAAACCGCCAUUGUCUUGGGGCUAAUUGACAAGUUAUACAAUAUGGCCAAUGUCGAUUUCUCCGUUCCAUUGAAUGCCGACGGGUUUAUCCCAAGCAGGGCAACUCUAAUAGUGGUUCCGACCAUCAUGGUUCAGCAAUGGCGGUCAGAGAUAGUGAAGUUCUUGGGAAGCAAGUACAAUGUACUCGUGUUUCCCUCAGCAGCGGCGUUGAAAAAGGUCAGCAUUCGAGACAUCAGGAAGUGUGACAUAGUGCUGGUGUCCUGGGCUGUUUUCAGUACGACCAGUUACUACCAGCGCUUCAAACAAUUUGCUGGCGCGCCUGAGGUUCCGUUGAAGGCAGGUAGAAAUUUUGAUGAUUGGUUUUCCCAUGCACAUGGCUUGAUGAAGCGUCAUGUUCGUGUCCUUGCUGAACAAGGCCCUCGUGCUUUCCAGGAUGACCUCAAAAAUAGACGUGCGCAAACAAAGGACGCCCAGGAGGAAUACAGAUAUGUCCCGUCCAAACGGCUGCGGGGAAAGAAAUAUACGCUGGCGAAACUGAACAAGGAAUGCGAGGCGAAGAGCAGCAGUGUGUCCUAUGCUGAGGUAUCUAGCGCAGAAGAGGAUUCAGACGAGGCUGGCGGCGAGAAUAUUUCAGAUAGUCUUGAAGCCAAAGUCGAAAGCCUCCUUCGGCGAGUGAUACCUAAGUUUUCCAAGGCCAAAGAAGAAGAAUCAGAUGAAGAGCAGAUAGCUGACUCUAAGAGUGCAAAACCGUGGCAUGACUGGAAGGAGUUCAACAUUUCACGAAACUCACGGAGCAAGCAGCCAUGGGAAGCUGUCAAGGGAAUUCCACUCCACGCCUUCGCUUUUAACCGGCUCGUCAUCGAUGAGUUCACGUACGCAAGCAUCGACAGACUUAACCAAUUACUCGCAUUGCAAGCUCGCUCUCGGUGGGUUCUCUCCGGAACACCACCACUAAAUGACUUUGCGGACGUCAACACAAUCGCCCCCUUCAUGGGCGUGCAUCUGGGGAUUGAUGAUGAUGACACAAAUCCCCAGAAUCGACGGCUCAAGGCCAUUCGCAAUCAGCGCUCCGAUGCUGAGACGUUCCAGUCCUUUCGGGCCCCGCGGAGUGAAGCAUGGCACCGGCGUCGAUAUGGGGUAGCGCAGAACUUUCUGGAUCGAUAUGCAAGGAGGAACAUUGCUGAGAUUGAUGAAAUACCCUCCACCGAGCACAUUGUUCUCGUUCGCCAAAGCCCAGCUGAGAAAGCGAUUUACCUCGAGCUUUAUAAGCAACUGAUGACAUAUAACCGACAGCUUCGUCGAAGCACCAGCCGAGGAGGCUUUGGCAGUGACCAAGCCGAACGACUGGAUGAAAUCAUUGCGAGUAGCUCGACAACAGAAGAGGCAUUGAUCAAACGUUGCACGUCCCUUGCCCUCCAAGGCCGAUGGGAUGCUGAUGGUAAACCAGAAGCCGCCACCUGUGUGUCUCUUAUUGAAACGCGGGAAGAACAGCUCGAGAAGCUGAAAAAUGACCUCAAGAGCAAAUUGAAACUUGCCGCCUGGGUUUAUUGUGCUUGUAACCGGAGCCAUGAAAAGUUCGACAAAUUUGUUCAAAGUGUGGCCCGACACGACUUCGGCGACAUGGGAGUGACAGGCGAGGUAUACCCUCUGCUUAACACUGCAAUUCAUACAUCGAGAAACGAAGACUGGAAGUUAUUCUUCGCCAACCCAGACUCCAAAGUCCAGGAGAAUGAGGAAGACGAUAAGGAAAACAUAAAAGACACAGAAGACACUGACGCAACAGCGGAGAAGCCCACAGCAAAGGCAAAGACUGUCACGCCCCUUCCCACAAAGCCCACUCAAAUGCGAGAGUUCGAGCCCGUACUCCGCGAAGUCACGACCACAAUCCGAAACCUGCUUGUCGAAUGGGUGCUUCGCAAGCGAGCUUUGCGCUUCCUCAAAAUUGUUCGGCAGAUGCAGACCAACCCUGCAGAUGUACCCUCCUGCGACAGGUGCCAGAAUCAGCCAGGUCUCCUAGCCAAAGUGAACAUCCUAGGAUCCUGCGGCCACGCAAUUUGCUUGACUUGCACCCAGCAAACAAUCGAAAAAGAGGAAUGCGAAGUGGAAGGUUGUCGAGGCUCCGGCAAGCGGUUCAACAUAAUCAAUGCCAUGAUACUCGGCUGUGAUACAGACAACCUCGAUUCGCCAGUCGCAGAUAUAGACAAGAGCUCCGAAUACGGGGGCACAAAAAUGGACGUCCUUGUUGAUAUACUUGGCCACCAGAUCCCAAAACAUGAGCGCGCACUGCUAUUUAUUCAAUUCCCAGACCUGAUGGAUAUAGCGUCCAAGGCCCUUGAUUCAGCGAGGAUAACACACACAACGAUCUCAUCAGCAGAUCGCAAUGCGAGCCUUAAGAUCGAAAAGUUCCAAAAAGAAGGCUUUGGAGAUAGCAAAGUCCUUCUUUUGAACCUGGGUAGUGAAAUGGCGGCAGGCUUAAACCUGCAAUGCGCGAACCACAUAGUUUUUCUGUCGCCGUUUUUCGCCCAAACCCAAUAUGACUAUGACUCGACGAUGACCCAAGCCAUUGGACGAUGUCGGCGAUAUGGGCAGACAAAUCACGUACAUGUCUAUCAUUUACUCGCAAAAAUGACGAUCGAUGUGAACAUACUUCAGGAAAGACGGGGCAAAGUUCUUGUCGAGAGAGAGGGAGAAGCGGCUUUGGUCGAUCCUGAGGAGGCUUUGGAAUCCGAAGCGAUUACUUGUCAGGGGCCGGAGAUGUUGGUUGACAAUGCGUUUUGA